GAUAGCUUAAAAAAAAAACCAAGUUGAGUGGAUACUAAUUAAAAUAAUUUAUAUCCAAGGAAGCAUUAACACUUAACUAAGUUAGAGUGAGUGGGAAGGUGUGGCAGUUGUUGUGAAGAGAAGAAAUGGAGAAGGCGCUAAGAGCUUAUGCGGAGGUUCUGAGAUUGGUGAGGCUGUUGCCAAAGGACAGCAGAGGUUAUUAUGCCAAAUACGCCCGCGAAAACUUCGUCAAUUAUCGUCAAGUUGAUCCUUCUGAUUCCGACGACCUCUUUCAACGCACCUAUAAUCAUUCUCUAUGGGUCCUUCACAAGUAUUCCAUUGAUAAAUCCGCUGCGGAUAAGCUCAAAGGGAUAUGUUGCGCUUAAUGCAAUGCCACCCAACUUGUGUAUCAUUAAGGAUAUAUGAGAACUGCACAUCUUGAAUUGGUUAAACGAUGCAUUGUCCUACUGUAGCUAUCGCAUUAACGUGGGUCGUAAUGCACCUCUACACACGCCCUAAAUCAACAAGAGGAUACUAGAAAUCAUUCAUGUUGCGAAAUUUGGCAAUGACUUACAAAUCACUAAAUAACUCAAUAAUCUUUCUGACAGAUAUAUGAAGUAGAUACUAUGGCACAUUUUUUUUGUCCAAUGUUAUUUGUGUAGAGCAGUAACGAUUUGUCAGUCUUGUAUGGAAGUACUUUCUGAGGUUGUUAAGAGCAACCCUUCCCACUACAUUUCUACUUAAAAUUUACACACAUCAUUACACAGGUAAA